AUGCUAUAUCAGCGUUACUUCCUACGCAUGAACCAGACUAACAUGACGCAUCUACUCGGACUGCUACUAACGGUUGCUUUAGCGCUAAUGGUGGUGCAGGUUCACACACUGCUCAUCGCUCAGGACUUCUUUAGCGGCAUUGUUCUACCCACCAAUGCAUCCGUUUUCAUUGAUUCAAACCCAUACCGACUUGAAUUGACACCGGAGCCACUGAACCUGACCACAUUGAAUUUCGACUACUUGCUCGAGGGUAAUGCUUCCCACCUGAAGCGCGUCUACUACGCGAAGGAACGCGCCGCACACAUCGUUAACGUCAUAGUUCUCGGGAUUACUGCACUAGUUUACGCCUGUCUCCUGGCAUGCUUGAGCCGACCAGCCAUGAAUGAAAUAUACCUGCUAACGAUCUCCUACGUGGUGCUGGCAACCUUUCUCUUAAUUGAGUUGGCACUUGCUGGAACUUCAGUUUUCAGGUCCCUGAGCGUGAGUGCCGGCACCUGCGCACUGUUCACAUAUGUCACCUACGCCACGCUACCGGUACGAUUACAUGAGGCCACAAUUGGAGGGAUGGCACUGGCCGCUAUUAACGUCGGUGCCCACAUAAUUCACAACAAAACCUCGGACAUACAGAUCUUUUGCAACCUGACGACACUAAUAGCAAGCAACUUGGCCGGCAUAAUGACACACCACCCCCGUGAACUCGCGCAGCGCCGAGCUUUCCUCGAGACUCGCGACUGUGUCGAGGCCAGACUUGUCACACAACGCGAAAACCAACAACAGGAACGUCUCUUGUUGUCGGUCCUGCCGCGUCACGUUGCGAUGGAAAUGAAAGCCGACAUCGCUAGUCAGCCCCGUCAGGAACAAUUCCACAAGAUCUACAUUCAAAGAUAUGAAAAUGUGAGCAUUCUUUUCGCCGAUAUCUGCGGAUUCACUUCACUUUCGGAUCAAUGUACUGCUGAAGAACUGGUGCGCCUUCUUAACGAGCUCUUUGCCCGAUUUGACCGCCUGGCUGCUGAACAUCACUGCCUUCGUAUCAAGCUCCUUGGCGACUGCUACUACUGCGUGUCAGGACUACCGGAGGCUCGUGAUGAUCACGCCAAGUGCUGCGUUGAAAUGGGCUUGGAUAUGAUCGAUGCUAUUGCUCUGGUGCGUGAAGUGAUGGCGGUGAACGUGAACAUGCGUGUUGGCAUCCACACCGGGCGCGUACACUGCGUGGUGCUUGGCCUCCGCAAGUGGCAGUUCGACGUGUGGUCCAAUGACGUAACGCUCGCUAACCACAUGGAGAGUGGUGGCAUCGCUGGCCGCGUGCAUAUCACCAAAGAAACCCUACAAUGUCUUGGCGACGACUACAAAGUGGAGCCAGGAUACGGAGACCAACGCAACGCUUACUUGAAAGAUCAUAACAUUGAGACUUACCUGAUUGUUCCUGAUGACAUGAGCCGGGUGGACAAGAAACCCCAACACACGUUUGCAAUCAACGGAAAUAUUUCAAAGGAAAUGCGCGUUAUGGGUCACGGAUCUCAGCACGGAAAACAUUCUUCAAAAGUCGACACCAGCAGCGAGCAUAAGAAGCCUGAAGACGAAGUCAAUGAAUACCUGAUGAAAGCCAUCGACGCCCGCUCCAUUGAUCGCCUACGCGCCGAACACUGCCAACCGUUUACUCUCACCUUCCGUGACAACAAACUCGAACGCAAGUACACAGCGGAACGGGACAGGAUGCUAAAGGUGUAUUUCAUCUGCUCUCUGGUAGUAUACUUUGCUGUUGUCAUCGUGCAGGUUCUCAUCUUCGGCUUCACGGCCGUCGUUAUUGGAACCAUUAUUGCUUGCGGUUUAAUCAUUCUUGCAUCAACAUACCUCAUACUCUGCAUUGAUUUCAAACAUACGUCUGCCCGAGCUCUGAAGAUCUCGCAGCGUUUACACAACAACCGCACCUUCGCCCAGCUGAUAUCUUUCCUGGUUGUCAGCACCAUUGUGAUGCAGAUCCAGAGUAUCAUGGUUUGUUCAUAUCUAACAUAA